CUCACCUCCUCUCUCUCUCCUCCCCAUAGCUCUCCCUUUGUGUGUAUUUGUGUGUCUGUAUGUGAAUCAGCUGCAUCCUCAGCACCUCAGUCUCCACAGGGGAAGCUGCAUCGCUGACACUAAAGCAUGCUCCCCUGUUGCUGAUGUUUUGUCAUCAUGACUUAGUGUUUUUAUCAGGUUUGUUGAUCAGGUCUUUGAGCCAGAAUCUUUGCAGGUGUGUAAGAGAGGAGAGGGAGGUCAACAUGGGCUCCAGCUCCUCCUCCUAUACCCCUAAAACCAUUUACCUGGAUGUGGAAGGGAAAGUGCAAAAGGUGGUGUUCAGUGGGCACUGCAGCCCAUGUGACAUCAAGGAGCUUUUGUGUUCCUCAUCUAACAUUCCCAGGAACACUGCCAUCAUGUUGAUGGACCCAGAUGGAGCCUUGGUCUCCAUAGAUCCCACCAUGCCCACCAACUCUUCAAACUCUCUGUACAAAGUUGUCCCUCUGUCUACUGGUCAAAUUGGAGGUACAGCUACAACAGAGAAGGAGGACAUGUUUCAGAACGUGUUGUCCCAGGUGGCUGAUCAGUUCAGCAGAGCCUUUCGCAUUAACGAGUUGAAGACCGAGGUCACCAACAGGCUAGCAAUGCUGGAGAAGAGAGUGGAACUGGAGGGCUUGAAGGUGGUGGAGAUUGAGAAGUGUAAAAAUGAUCUGAAAAAGCUACGAGAUGAGAUGACUUCAAGAGGUGGUGGCAGAGUAAACUGUCCAUGUAAAUACAACUUUGACGAUGGGAAGAAGGUAACUCCUAGACGAGAUGUCCCCAAUUACCCCAAAUACACACUGUCUCAGGAGACUAUUGAGGCACUCAAGAAGCCAACAUUCGAUGUCUGGCACUGGGAACAUAACGAGAUGCUAAGUUGUUUGGAGUAUAUGUACCAUGACUUGGGACUGGUGAAGGAAUUCAACAUGAACCCCAUCACACUCAAACGCUGGCUGUUGGCAAUUCAGGAGAACUACCGUAAUAAUCCUUUCCACAACUUUCGCCACUGCUUUUGCGUUAGUCAGAUGAUGUAUGGCAUGAUUAACCUCUGCAACCUACAGGACAAGGUGACUCUCACAGAUAUUGGCAUUCUAAUGACAGCUGCAGUGUGUCAUGACCUGGACCACCCUGGCUACAACAACACGUACCAAAUCAAUGCCCGCACAGAGCUGGCAGUGCGCUACAAUGACAUAUCUCCGCUGGAGAACCAUCACUGUGCUGUGGCCUUCCAGAUCCUCUCUCUUCCUGAGUGCAAUAUUUUUGCAAAUGUGGAUCCUGAGGCAUUCAAACAGAUCCGACAGGCAAUCAUCACCCUCAUUCUGGCCACCGACAUGGCCAGACACGGGGAGAUACUAGACUCCUUUAAGCAAAAAGUGGACAACUUUGAUUUUGCCAAUGAAGAGCAUGUGACAUGUCUGAAGAUGGUUUUGAUCAAGUGCUGUGACAUUUCCAACGAAGUGAGGCCAACUGAGGUAGCUGAGCCAUGGGUGGACUGCUUGCUGGAGGAGUACUUCAUGCAGAGUGACAGGGAGAAGUGUGAGGGUCUCCCUGUGGCUCCCUUCAUGGACAGAGAUAAAGUCACCAAACCCACCGCUCAGAUCGGAUUCAUCAAGUUUGUCCUCAUCCCAAUGUUUGAGACUGUCAUGAAGCUUUUUCCUCAGAUUGAAGAGAUCAUGGUUCAGCCUUUGAGAGACUCGCGUGACCACUAUGAGGAGCUGAAACAGAUUGAUGAUGCCAUGACAGAGGCACAGAAGAAAAAAACUGAAAAUAUGUCAUUAGGCGGGAAGAAGAAGUAAGCUCUGCAGUGAGUGAGUGCUGUGGUAUCUGUGGGUCUUCUUUUGUGAUCAAACUCAGGACAGACUUUAAAACAUGUGAUUGAGGCCUCGGUGAAGACAUUCUGUGCUGCGUUGUGAAGAUGGCAGAUGGAUCAGGAUCAGAAUGGAGAGAAAAGAGAUUGCUUGGCAACAUACUGAACUAAAUUUAGGUGUCAAGGUUGCAUAUCUUGAACUUUGACUUAGACUUUAACACUGGAUGUAACAGAGAGGGACCUCUCCGUAUAUGUAUGUUUUUCAUGUUCUCUCUACUCUUUUGUAUUUCAGUGUCUCAAGAGUUUGAAGGAACAAUUUAUCCAAAAAACAAAUCUAUUUAAAUGUUUAUUUCCAUGCAGAAUAGGACUCAUGGAAAAUACUUUCCAUGAGUAGAAGAAUAAAAUGCACCAAAGUAUGAUGUUUUCACCUCAAUGUAGCAAUAUGUUUUCGAUUGAUAUGGUGCACUGAGUGUUUUCCAAAGAAAGAUGCAGCUUCGCACCUUUAUUUUUUAUGUUCACUCACAAUGAGCAGUUAAUUAAACCAUCAAGACUGUGUGUGUUCUCUUACCUUAAUCAACACUGUUAUCAAUACCGUUCAAUAAAAUAAAGCCACACAAGGUCCAAGGUUUUAUACAUAUGUCCUGUAAAAAAAGUUUUUGAUGUCUCGCAAUAGAUGUAAAACUGUGUUUUGUAUGUCUGUCCAUCUGUCACACACUCUUCAUAGAUAAAGGUUAGACAACACGCAUUUCAGAGUGUCUUCAGAGUGUUUCCAUACUAACUCAGUCACUUUAUUUAGUAGAAAAGAUUUUAAAACAACAAAUGGUGACCAAGGUUUGUUCGAGAAAAGUUAAAAAAAAAUACACAAUAAGCCUGAUAUGAAACUUAUAAUGAUCACAUAGAAUGAAGCGAGGCCUUGGUAGAAGUGACCUGCUGACUGCGUCCUUGUAGCCACAUGACUUGACUAUUACUGUAGAUAAACGUGAAAGUUCCUUCCUGCCCUAAGAAAUAGUUUGACAAAACUAUCUCAACUAACUAUCUCUGGCAGCCGUAUUACUCAAUCUUCAUCAAGUUUGUUUAGUUGUCAUGGGGGAUGUUCCCAUACAAGUUCAUUAGCUGUUAUGAUUCCAGUCAUUGCACUUUUUAUCCGUUUUAAAAUGCUCAAUGCUUGCCUGUCAACAGAUCCAUCUUCAUUACAACUAAGCAAAUUAUUGUUGCUGAUAAGGACCAUGUGAUACAAAGAUCCAAUCACUCUUUAGUGUGGAUUGUUUUUCAUAUCACUGCAGAUUAUUGACACAUGCUGUUGAUUCCAUAACAAACCACAGCAAGAGCCUAUUUAGAUAAUUGUGGUCACAUUUCACUUAUUGGAUUCAGUUAUUUAUUGACAUCUUCACGUAAAAACAAUACUUAUUUCUGUUGUGUCCCAUUACAAUCAGACUAUUUCUCCCUUCCGACCCCACAUGUAAGACUGCAUGAUCUUAACAUCAUUAAUUGUCGUGCAGAGAUUCCAUUUUCAGGCAGCUCCUCUGCUCCAUCAUCCUGACUGAAAUACAUUUUAUUGCUGCAUGUUAGACUUGAGGGCUAGAAAUGUGUUGAAAUAUGAGCAGUUAUCCAAUGUGUACCACCCAAAGGUGCCACUUAUCUCAGCCCGGACCACGCCCCUCCCUCUCUCCACAGCUUCCCUUCGAGCCACAUCAGAUCUGGGUGGUUUUCCUCCAGCUGCUCCACAGUGUUUUUAUUACCAAUGCGUUUUUAGCAAUAUGUCGCCGAUAACUCCAGAGGGAUUAUUUCCUCACCUGUUGGCUUCACCUCACGCACGCUGAAUACCACCUACACAGCUCUGAUGAAAUCAUUAAUAAUACAGAGUAAUGAAUGAAACACCAAAGACUUUAUUUGUGCUGCAUAUUUUUAUUUAGGUUUGCUUGUGCAUUCCAAAUUCAAGUAGGAGAAUUCAUGAACUUCAAUUUCACUCCUGUAGUCUAUGGUUGAGAUUGAGAUUGAUUAAAAUCACUAUUUAUUCACAUGUUGAUGGUCUGAUGGUUCUUUUGAAUGAACAUGACCUUUCGUGUGCAUACUGCUGC